CCAUCGAGUGAAAUGGAUAGAUUACGUUUAAUCGCAGAAAUUCGCAAGAGACCUGUACUAUGGAAGUAUCAACGUAAUUUUGCACGCAAUAGCAGAAAAAAUAGUUGGAAAGAAGUUGUCAGUAUUUUGGGAAUUGAUUAUAUUCUUACGACUUUUUCCAGUGAGAACCUGCAAAGUAUUUGGCGAUAUAUGCGAGAAUGUUAUCGUAACGAAGUGAAGCGUACCGAAAUACUCAUCGAAAAGGAUAUAUUAAAUGGUUUAUAUGAUGUCAAUAAGGAUUACACCAGCAAGUGGGCGUAUUUUAAUGAAUUAACAUUUUUAAAUUAUGCUGAAGCUCAACCUAAGACUAAUAAAGCAAAUGCUUCUGAUAGCGAUCAGGAAGAAAUUUCUAUGGACAAUGAAAAUAAUAAUACAGAUUCGGAAAUAACUGUAACUAAUGAACCAGUAGAGGAUUCUGAUAAGGAAGAACCAUUAAAGAGCCCUAAACGCAAUAUGACAAGUCAAGGUCUAGCGGAUUCAAUUGAUGUCGUGCAAGAUAUUAAAAUCGAGGCAGAAACCACGGAUGAUGAAGAUGACAGUGAAAUACCAACUAAAAGGCUAAGACUUAGUAACGAGAAUUCGGAGGAAACUAAAAAUAAUGAUGAAGAAGCUGUAGAUAUAGCAAUGUCUGAAAAUGAGAACAAUGUCACACAUUUAAGCAAGAUCUUAGAAGAUCAUAAUGAUUCAGAUCAGUAUUUUUUGAUAAGCUUUUCCGAACACCUAAAAACAAUGUCCCCGUUGCAAAAUCUACAAUUUCGUGCCAAAAUGUCCAAUUUAAUAUUGAGUAUUCUAACGAAUUCUUUAUCAGAUAAUAAACUUGUAACACAAGGUAAUAAAGAUCAAUUAAAAACUUUGGUUGAUGUUGCCCAUCUAGAUAGUAAUUUCCUGAUCAGCUUUUGGCCCUAUAUGAAAUUGAUGACUCAAGAGCAGAACUUAAAAUUUCGUUGCCAAAUCACCGAUCUGAUUCUAAAUAUUUUGUCUACGCCUCCCUGCUCUAAUUAACCAGUACUUAGUUGGUAAAUGUAGAAUUUAAGUAUUUUUAUAACAUCGGGGUGAAGAUGUUUUUUUGUUAAUAAAUCAAAUUUUUUUAAAAAU